GAAGUCCGGAACUUCACUAAGACAACACUGAGGUCGAGAUGCUCAACACGGGGGCUGUGCUGCUGUUACUAAUUGGUGUGACCGAAGGUGUGAAGACCUUCUGCGACGCCACACAGCCACACAUCACAACGCAGUGCUUUGGCUCUCUGGGAGGAACCGUUGAAAUCCUGCUGCCUACUAUGACCUCACAAGAUGAUAUCUACAAACUGAAGAUAAACAAUAUUGUGGUUUUGUCCAAGAGCAGUGAGACAACAAACUUUCAAUAUUCGUUUAAUAUCAGUACUGGAAUAUUUACUAUAAAGGACAUCAACUGGUCGGACAGCGGUACAUACUCAAUGGAAGUACAUAAUGCAUCUGGAAGGGAAGUAGAAAAUACAAAAUGUUUUUUAACCAUUCAAGCCCCGGUCUCCUCUCCCCUCCUGUCCCGGGAGUGUCUGUCCCGGGGACAGCAGAGGGUGUCCUGCUCUGCCGGGGGGGACGGGCUCCACUACAGCUGGAGUCUAGACGGACUCCCGCUGAACGACCCGCGUCUCCUCUCCGGACCCGGUAGCGCUAGUGAGGUCACUCUGGAGCCGGGCCGGUCGGGACUGCUCAGCUGCUCGGUCCGGGACAACGUGAGCGAAGCCACGGCUAACAUCACCUUGUCUGUGUGUGACGGGCUCGUCCCUAUAAUAGCUGCUUCCCUGUCAACGAUGGCUCUGCUCCUGAUAGUAGCAUUGGGAGUCUACUGCGCAAAAAAGCACAAAACCUCAAAAGACACCACAGAAGCAGAAGAUGUAACCUACGCAGACGUCUCUGUGCUCCAGCGUCGGGGGCAGCGGAGAGAGCAGGGGGAGGGGGAGGUGGAGUACGCGGCGGUCAGGGUGGCUCCAGGCCCCAGGCGGACGCUGGAGACCAAUGUGGACGAGUGUGUGUACGCUCAGCCCCGGAGGACGAGGCCCUGAGAGCUGUCAACUCUGAAGGACGCGUAGACCUUUUCAACUUUUUUACUGAUACUCCCAUCGUGGCUUCUGAAAGUCAUUGGCUCCCUAUGUUCUGAUGAUUCAGCAAUAUUAUUUAAAUUAUUUCAAUAACCCUUUCUCCUGUUAAAUAAAAGUAAACAGAUAAAGUAUGAGCAAAUACUCCUGAAAUCUGAAUCUGUGGAACCACUUCUAUGUAGGCCUAUGUGAAGGUGCUUGGAUUCAGCUGUAUGAAAUAUAGUAGAAUACAAUUGAAUGUAUUUUCUUAAUAUCUACUUAAAGGACAAUUCCGGUAUUUUGAUCAUUGAGGCCCCUUUCUGGUUUGUCUAGGAUGAAAUAGAGUGGUAGGUUGACACCGCAAUUUUGACUAUUGGUCCUGUCUCGGGUAUUUGGAUCAUUUUGAAUCGCCCCUGCUUGCUUCACAGUGGCUGGAUUUCGUAAUUCUUUUUUUAACGUGCAUAAAUGUUGGAAGACCUAUGUUGGAUGUUGGAAAAUCUAUAAAUAGAUCAGCCAAAAAAAAACAAAUGCAUUUAUAUUUUGUAAUAUACAUAGGCCUACAUCAUUAUUUGCCUCUCUGCUUGGGUCCUUUGGCAUCUUUAUGGUAUGAAAUGGCAAUAUUGGGCGAGUUGAAUUUAACUUUUGGGAACAUAUUUCCCUUUUUUUACUGUUUCAAAUUCCAGUUGACAUCUUACCAUACCGAGGAGAUAAUUUACAACAAAUAAGUAGAUUUUAGGUUUGAGUCUUCAAAGUCAACAAUUUGUAUUUAUAUUUAUAGAAAAAUGCUCCAUUGUUAUUGUUAAUCGAUUGCAAUACAAAUGGUAACGAUGAUAUAUUUAGAAUGCAAUACUGACCCAUAGAGGCUAGCCUGUGCCCCUACACCUUUGGUCCAAAUUUAGCACGUUCUUUUGCCUUUGCAUUUAGUCGACCUAACGAUACACUGAAGAUAAUGUAUUAAACAUAUUAUACGUUGGAAUUUCACAUGUAAUAUUCAAUAUAUUUGCAUUAAAAAUAUAUAUUGAUGAAAAUAUAAAUAUAUUUUGAGAAAAGAAGCAGACUGGUCGGCCUACAUUUUCUCAACUCGAUUUACUCUAGUCCAGAUUCAUUCAAAGUAAAAGGUAAAAGCUUGAAACAUAAGAAAUGAUAACUAUUGAUUUUAAGUAGGGGAACAUAUAAAACCUCACAUUAAUAAUUGUCAUGAUGCCCACAAUGUUAAAGAAAAGAGACAAUCUUGUGGAUAAUGUACCUUCAUACCUAAAAGAGAAAAUAAACAUUCUCAUUAUUUGUGAAUCAAAUGGCUGAAGUGCUUAAGUCAUUUAGUCAUUUAGUUGUAGUUAGUGGUUUAAACAUAAGUAGUUGCUUUUCAAAAUUUUUGGGUUGAAUUUCGUUUUUAUCGUAUGUUAAUUCUGGAUAAAUUGAUUUAUUGUUGAAAAUCAUCCCCACAAUGUGUUUUCUCCUUUGUUGUUUCAAAACACAACAGUAUUACCACAUAUUAUCGAGAGUAUUUGGGGUACGGGAAGGUUAUUUUCA